UAACUGAUCGUAGGCGUUAGCACUUAGAGGUGAUGUUGUUAUGGCAUGCUAACGGUUGCUAGCUAACUUGGGGUGUCUGUGUCUGCAGUCAGCAGGGGAGCCGAAGAGUUUUCAGCUGAAGCCGGUGUCAGCGUUAAAUACUUUAUUGUUGUAUUUGAUAGCGUUUCACGUUCAGUGUGGCGCGUGUGUCCGCUUUUCUAUAGCAGCCCGACUUUGGCUCGCGUAUUGAAUGUUUAGGUUCACUCCCACCCAGACAGGCUAACAAUAGCUUAGCAUGCCUGUGUGUUUUGGACAGUGACAGCUGCAGGCUGCGGCCCCAUGACAUCUGUGGAAAGGCCUCCUGAAACGUGGAUUUCUUUAGCCCAUCUUAUCAGUUGUCAUGAGUCUUUUUUCAAAACGUCUUUUACUAUUGUAGAUCUUUUUUCUUUUCUUUUUUUUUCCUGCACAUGCCCUGGUUACUGUGAUACAGCUGCUCAGCAUCAUAGACCGUUCAAAGCUCUGUCCUCCUGAAAUGGGAAAACCCCCCUUCCAGAUUUUGUAACACAGGUCUUUCUGUCACCUUGGCAUCGAUGGACUCACAGAAAGGGGAGGAGCCAAGUCCUGGCAGUAUGGAAGUUGCCAGUGUGCCAGGCUCGGCCUCGAGCCCCCAGAGCGACGCCGUGACCAGCGAGCUUCAGGAGCUCUCCCUUCAGCCUGCUCCCAAUCUGCUGCCUAUACAGGAGCGCAAGAAUGUCCUCCAGCUCAAACUUCAGCAGAGACGCACACGAGAGGAGCUGGUCAGCCAAGGGAUCAUGCCACCACUGAAGAGCCCAGCAGCCUUUCACGAACAGCGGAGGAGUCUGGAGCGAGCAAGGACUGAAGACUACCUAAAGAGGAAGAUCCGGAGUCGUCCUGAGCGCUCGGAGCUGGUCAGGAUGCACAUUCUGGAGGAGACGUCGGCAGAGCCGUCUCUGCAGGCUAAGCAGCUGCAGCUGAAGAGAGCACGACUGGCCGACGACCUCAAUGACAAAAUCUCUCACAGACCGGGUCCCAUCGAGCUGGUCCACAAGAACAUCCUGUCUGUUAACUGCCAUCUGCAGCAUUCACUCCUAGAUUCUCCAAAGGGAAACGGAGGAGAGAGCUCAUCUUUGGACGAAGACAGCAGUGAUGCUCUGUCACCUGACCAGCUAACCAAUCAGGACUCUCCCCUGAGCGCUGUCCCUCAGGUCUCCCCCUCAGAUGUGCUCACCCAGAACGGAGACCUCUCCCCCACACAGUUUCUCACACAGCCUCCUGCUCCACCUCCACCACCACCUCCGCCGCCCCCUCCCUUGUUGAAUGGGUCCGAUUCGUCCCCUUUACCUAAAAUUACAAAUGGGACAACGGUGACCUCGGGAUCCUCCCGCCAUUCUGCCGGCCAGGUCAAGUCUCAGGCCAAGACGAGUUCAGACCGCCCUCCACAGAGAUCUAAGAAAGCAAAGGACAGCAAACCAAAGGUGAAGAAGCUGAAGUACCAUCAGUACAUCCCCCCCGACCAGAAGGCAGACAAGGAGCGUCCGCCUCAGAUGGAUUCGUCUUACGCGAAGCUGCUCCAGCAGCAGCAGCUCUUCCUGCAGCUGCAGAUUCUCAGUCAGCAGCAGCAGCACUACAACUACCACACCAUCCUGCCCGCCCCUCCCAAGCCACAAACGGAGCCUCCCACGACCAACUCUGGCCCUUCCCCCUCCCGUACCGUUCACACAACAACCACCACAGCUUCCUCGAGUCAAACGGGGACAGCCCGUCACAGCCAAACCACAGUGGGAGGAGCCAAACCAGCCACUCUGCCAGCCAACCUGGACGAGUUCAAAGUUGCUGAGCUGAAACAAGAACUGAAAUUGCGGGGUUUGACCGUCUCAGGCACCAAGAAUGACCUAAUUGAGAGGCUCCGUAACUACCAAGAACAAAAUGGGGGAACCGCAACUGUUUCCAAGAAUGGUAUUUUGCAGUCCGGCUUGCAGGGCACGACGUCAGCUGCUAGCACCACCACAUCUUCUCCCACCACAACUUCCACCUCUGACCACCAGUCAGUAGAGGGUGGGUUUAAGUUGUCUCUGUCCUCACUGGGUCAGGCGGUUCCAGGGCGGGUGAUGCGGUUUGGCAGCACCAGCUCGAGCCCUCCGGUGUCACCGACUCCGUCGGAGAGGUCAUUAGCUGGAAUGAGUCCAGAUGAGACCAGCUGCAAUGGAGACAUGUUUGGAGAAAUGGUGAGCUCUCCACUGACCCAGCUCACCUUGCACCCCUCUCCUAAGCACCCAGCAAAUGUCUCUCCACUCGCAGUCAAAGAUGAGAUCCAGAGCUCAUGCAGUCUGUCCAGGUCCUCACCUGCAUCUGUCCAAACCCCCGAGCCCGGAGCAGCCAUGGACACGUCAUCUAUGGAUAAAGACCAGAUGCUCCAGGAGAAGGACAAACAGAUCGAGGAGCUCACCAGGAUGCUGAGGCAAAAGCAGAGGCUGGUGGAGACUCUCAGGUCCCAGCUGGAGCAAGGCAAGAUGGCAGGUGGGAUAGUGGUCAAGAGGGAAGGAAGCGAUAAGAGCAAAACAUCCCCAGAGGUUAAGCUCCAAACUCUAAUAAAAGCCUCAGCCAUUCAGCCCCCUACGCUCCCUAAUGGCAUCGUGUUGAAGGUCAAAAAGGAGGUAGAGCCAGAGGAAGGAAUGGAGGGAGUAACAGAGGAGGCUCUGUCAAAGAAGCAGGUCCCGACGAUGCAGUGCUCCCAGGAGACUCUGCUCAGGCUGCAGCAGAUUCAACGGCUGCAGCUCCAACAGUCUGAUCAACAAAAACAGCAACCACAACCGAAACAGCAACAAAGUCAGGCGCAGCCGACGAAGGCUGCAGAACCCAAACCGAAUCCUCAAAAACAGCAGCACCAAAAGAAAGAGGCUCAACUCCUGAUCCAACAGCAGCAGCAGCUGCAGCAGCUCAUCUUCCAGCAGACCCAACAGAAACAGCUCCAGGCUCAGCAGAAGAUAACGCAGCAGAAACUGGCCCAGCAGAAGCAAGUACAGCAAAACCAGCUCAAGCAAACCCAAGGGCAGCAGCAGGCUCAGCAGAAGAACCAGGUUCAGCUAAAGCAGGUUCAGCUGCAGAUCCAAAACCAGACGGUGACAAGUCAGAAACCCACGCUAAGCCAAACUCAGCAGAGGAAGCAGCUGAAAGCUCAACAGAGGCAGCAGCAGAAACAGCAGACAUCAGCAGCCACAACACAACAGGUGACUCCAGUCAUCAUCAAGCAACAGAAUGGCACACCAGUGCACACUCAGGCCAUCUCAUUAGACCUCCUUAAGGCCAAUGGCACACCUACACUGGUGACAGACACCAAUGGGAACCACUACCUAAUCGCUCUCACCAGUCACACCACAGAUGGACAGAAUGGAGUGUCCUCAUUGGCCAAAACCAAUGGACGCAUCACACUGCAGAGAUUGAAUUCAACUCCAAGUAAACUGCCCAGCACCGACAGCCAAUCAAAAGGUCAGGCAGAAGCCGAGCCUGUGAGCCAACCAAGCAAAAAGGGACAAAAAGCGGGGCUGCACUUAGACACCAACAGUGAUCCACAACCCAGCCAGCCCGUCACCGCUCCACCCAACCUGCAGCCUUUCUUUGACGACAUUUCAGACAAUGAAAGCCAAAACAACUUAAUGUCAUCUCUCAAGAGACAGGAGGUGUGUCCACCUUACGACCGACACACACUGUUCACCCCUCCCUCUCCUAAACCCAACACCUCCCUUCCUUCUCAGCGCUCCAGACCAGAGAAUGGCCUGAACAGCCAGCAGAUGGACGACCUGUUUGACAUCCUGCUCAAAAGUGGAGAAAUCACCGGCUUCAAGGCCAACCCGGACCCUUCCCUCCCCCCUCUCCACUCUGACCCACCUUCUCCAUCUACUGCCCCAUCCCCCCUCCACCUGUCUCCUCCCACCCCCACAGAGGCGUUCAUCUCCCCGGAGCCUUCGGUGGGAGAGCCCUGCUCAGGCAGCGGGCGUCUGGAGGACUUCUUGGAGAGCACGACGGGCACCCCGCUGCUGGGCAUAGAGUCCGACGGCGGCCUGGCGCUGAUCGACGACCUCCACAGCCAGAUGCUGAGCACGCCCAGCAUCCUGGACCACCCCCCCUCCCCCAUGGACACGUCUGACCUGGGCUUCUCCCCUCAUUCUACGGGGCUGGACUUUGGCGACCCCAACCUGGAUAGCAUGGACUGGUUGGACAUGGUAGGGAGCGCAAGCGGAGGGGGCGAGGGCAAUAGAGGAGGGCGAGGAAGUGGAGACGGAGGGACGAGUUUAGCUCCGUUGGCACCACACACACCGCAAAGCGUGUUCUCAGCCGACUUUCUGGACAAUACAGACCUGCAGCUGCACUGGUAGCCACGUCUGUAGCUCCUCACGCAGACGCACACAGAUGAACACAUGGUCGCUCACACUGUGUACAGGCUCCGUCUUUAUUUCAUGCACAUACUCUAUGCUGUCUCUACCACUGCGGGGGGUCUCUGGCACAUGCACGCGCACACACACACACUCUCACACAUUUACUCAGUUUGUCUUGUCUUUCACUGGCUGUUGCUGUAUGCAAGGUGAGGUGGUGUUAAAUUCAUUGAAACAACUUGGUGGACCUGAGGUGGACUUGUAAAAAUUUUAACUCUACAGGGAACCAAAACAGAUAAAAUCCCAUUUCCUGUGUCCCGACCUGCAGUAAAACCAGGUUUAAGUAAACCAGCCGAAAGUUGCAGGCCGCUUUCAGCCCAUUUCAACCCUCAGUAAACAGCUGGACAGAUCAGAGGCGAGUAGGGACUGUCUGCGAUGUUUUCCUGGGCUCCUAGAGAUAGCAGUGUGUGUCAGUGCCUCCUAAACUUUGCACUUAUGCUGAAUCUGAUUGGUUUAAAGGGUGGGUGUUUAGGUCAACAGCUGAGUGAAAGCCACCUAAUGUUACAAUGGUCAGCUGAGCCACUGAUUGUGUUUUUGUUUUUUUUUAAAAAGAAAAAGAAAAAAGGCAGCUGCUUGUGGCCUCACCAUGCCAACCUAAACCCCACCCACACUAGUCAAAGAUACAACCUUCAUUGGUUGAGAGUUGCUGUUGAAAUGAACCUUAUCAGUGGCAACAGUUUGAAUUGAAGCCUCAUUGGAGGUUGCGUAUUAUUGGUAACAUUAUGGUAGACCACUAUGUAUUGCUGUAUAUCGGGUGUAUAUUACAAUUUGUCCAUAUGACUAUUUUUCUUUGCUGGUUGCUUUAGAGUCAAGCUAGCCGGCUGGGGAACAGAGGGGAGGGCGGGGCUUCCAAGAGAACUUGGACCUUGUCAUUUUUUAAAGAAAAAAAAGAAUAAAAAAAAUAAACAUACCA